AUGGAGCCCGGUUGCAGCGUGGAGAAUCUCCUUAAGGAGGUGCACCGACUUGCAAAACUGAAGCUCACAGCCCAUGAGCAAGCGGAUGCCCGUUCUGAUGAAAAUGGUGGCAAGCUAUAUCACGUCCUAAAUGGACGGAGUUUCCUGUUGAUUCUGGGCGGCAUAACCUCGAAAACCAUCCUGAAUAGCAUGAGGGCGAGCCUGCCAGUCAAUGGCUGCCAGGUGAUGCUCCUAUUGGACACUGAAAAUGAAGACAUCGCUUGGCAUGCUGAUUCCAUUAAUGGUGUUGGCUCCUACGGUGUAUAUAUGCUGACCCGGCAUCUAUUCUUUUGGAGGGUGUUGAGAAAACAAGCAGAAGAAAGCAACGACGACAAAGACGAUGAAGACGAAGACGACGAAGACGAAGAACAAGCUGAAAAACGAUAUUACGGAGGACUGGUACACGAAAUUACUGGGGGCUAUCCUAUGGCUAUAGUGCUUCUGGCCGGACUCCUCCGAUUCAAGGAGAAGCCACUCCAGUGGAAUGCGGUCUUGCAGCAGCUCAUGUAUGGAAAUAAUGGAACACAUCAAGUCCAGCGGGGUGCGGUGUUGCAGCAGCUCAGGUCUGAAAACAAUGGAACACAGGACGCCAGUGAAUGCUUGCCUAACACACAGAUAACUAACCUGAGCGGGGACACAAGAAGGGCGAUGGAGGUGGUCUUCUGGGCGAGCUUUGAAGACCUCCACAACGACCUCAGGUCGUGCUACCUCUACUUUGCCUCCUAUCCUACCAAUUCCUCUCACCCAGCCGACCAGCUCGUGCGGAUGUGGAUUGGGGAGGGUUUCAUCAAGGCGCGCAGAGGCAAGACCAUGGAGGAAGUGGGACAUGACUACCUCAAGGAACUAGUUUUGAGAUGCCUUGUUGAGGUGGAAGAGAUGAAAGCCAACGGUGGCAUCCAGCUCGUCAGAGUUCACAAGAGCCUCAUGGGUUUCUUGGAGUCGGAGGCGCGCGAGACUGGCUUCAUGGAGAUGCAUGAUAUACAUGACGUCGUUGUUCCACCAUCUGUGCGUCGUCUCUCCGUUCAGAGUGACAAUGGCAAAAGAUACAACAUCACCUUUGCCAGCAAAAAGUUCCCCAAGCUGCGUUCCUUCAUUUGCCGCAUCAACAUCAUCGAUGAUGAUAUUCGCAAAAAAGAAAAAACAUCAUCGAUGAUGUCGAUCAGAAUAAACAGCAGCAUGAUCUCGAGUUCCUCCUCUCAUCUAGGUUCCUUCGGAUAA